UGUAACUCCCAAAAAUAAUUAAUCGCAUGAAAAUCAGUUUCGUAUCUGUUGCUGGUUCCGAAAUUUCUCUGGUCCCUCUUUUUGUUUUUUCUUAAUUUAUAGAUCCAUCAAUAUUUCUCCAUCAUUCUGAUCGAGUGAGUGUGUUUGGGUGGAAUCUGAAAGCUGCUGGGAUCAAGGGCGACAAAAAUGAAUUCUGGGGAUUAUAUCAAUAUUCAACCCUCCGAGCUCAAAUUCCAAUUUGAACUGAAGAAGCAAAGUUCUUGUUCGUUGCACUUGACAAACAAAACCGACAAAUAUGUGGCCUUCAAGGUUAAAACCACGAAUCCGAAGAAGUACUGUGUUCGUCCUAAUGCUGGAAUCAUUUUGCCGAGUAGUAUAAGCGAUAUUACGGUUACCAUGCAAGCUCCAAAGGAGAUGCCUUCUGAUAUGCAAUGCAAGGAUAAGUUCCUAAUUCAAAGUGCUAUAGCACCAGAUGGUACAACAGCAAAGGACAUUAGUGCAGAAUUGUUUAACAAGGGAGAUGGUAAGGUGGUAGAUGACUUUAAGAUGAGGGUCGUUUACAUUUUUGCAAAUCCUCCGUCGCCUGUCCCGGAAGGAUCUGAAGAAGGAUCCCCUUCCAGGACCAAUGCAGUUGAAGAUGGGAACCAAAAUUUUGCAUUGUUUGAUGCUGUUUCGAGAUCUCUGGAUGAGCCUAAAGAGAUAUCAUCUCAGGUGUCGUCUAACAUUUCUAAGUUGACUGAAGAGAAAGCUGCUGCUUUGCAACAGAAUCAGAAACUACGCCAGGAGCUGGAACUUCUGAAGAAAGAAACAAGCGGAAGGCAGGGUGGAGGGUUCUCUGUAUUGUUCGUGGUGCUAAUCGGUCUCAUCGGAGUUCUGAUCGGUUACUUGGUGAAGAAAACAUAGAGGCAAGUCAGGCAUUCCCCUUGUGUUACUGCAUUUUGCUGCUAUUAUCUGUGUUUCUGUCCAGAAUUUAACAAACCACCUUAAGUGGUGGGUUCAAAACAUUUUUCUAAGUUGACUCUGGAUAAGUUGUUUUUCAAAGAGUACUUUUGGAAUGGAUUCAUUUUAGCUGCUUUUCUU